GUUUUUGAAUCAGCGGCGUUGUUAUUGACGCCAUAUUGCUGGUGUGGAAGAGUCACAGAGAGGCUCUCGGCGACUACCGCAGCGGCUAUCGCUCGUCAUCGGCGGCCCCAGGCCCGGUAGCCUCCCGUCGAGCUGCGCCCACCGGCCUAGACACCCUCCCGGAUACGGCCCGGGGAGGAUUUGCCGCGGGCGGAGCCUACAAGUCCAGCUUGAACCGGGCCAAGAGCUCCGGGCCGCUCCCCGGAGACGUAGGCACAGCCGGCGGCCGGCCGGAGCAAGCGAGGGGGGCUUGGUAGCGGUGGCGACCCUGAGCUUGGCGAGGCGUGGCAGCAGCGCAGACACCUCGGCUCCGCUCGGCUGUUCUGGCCACUGGCUUUCUCCCUUCCAGUAGGGAAGGCCCGACCAGCUCAGCCUCCGCUCCCCUUCCUCUUCCUCCUCCUUCCGCCCCUCGUCCAGUCCGGCCAUGGCCUGCGGUGCCACCUUAAAACGGACUCUGGAUUUCGACCCGCUGCUCAGCCCGGCUUCGCCGAAGCGGCGGCGCUGCACCCCAUUGUCCGCCUCGGCGGCCGCCGCCUCCUCUUCCUCGGCGGCCUCCUUCGCCUCCUCCCCGCAGAAAUACCUGCGCAUGGAGCCCUCGCCCUUCGGGGAAGUGUCCACUCGCCUCACCACAGAACAAAUUCUGUAUAAUAUAAAACAGGAGUACAAACGCAUGCAGAAGAGGAGACACUUAGAAAACUUUCAGCAAACAGAUCCCUGUUGUUCUACUGAUGCACAGUCACAAGCAUUUCUCCUUACUGGACCAGCUUUGCCAGGUACUUCAUCUGCAGCAUCACCGCCACUGAAAAAAGAACAACCUCUCUUUACUCUCAGACAAGUUGGAAUGAUCUGUGAACGCUUACUUAAAGAACGUGAAGAGAAAAUUCGUGAAGAAUAUGAAGAAAUCUUGACCACAAAACUUGCAGAACAGUAUGACGCAUUUGUGAAGUUCACGCAUGACCAGAUCAUGCGACGAUAUGGAGAACAGCCUGCAAGUUAUGUUUCAUGAAUCAUGUUUUCUGCAUAUGUGGGCAGCCCUGAAACCCAGUUUUAUUGUUGCAAGCUGUCCUUUAAAGACUUGCAGCAAUGCCAUAUUUCCCCUCCCUCCUCUGUAUACACUGGUUAUUUCAAGCUUUUUGUCAGUGGCAACCACUCUUAUGCAGCAGCUGAUUUUGGAGUGCUCCCUGAUGUCAGUACCACCUGGAUGUGGACCUUUGCUACCUGUUAAUACCAGUGGUCUCAUUUGCUGUAUCAUUACAAUUUGGCUUAUGUUAAUAAGUUUGAAAAGUAAAAGGAUUAAAGCUGGUGUACUAGAACUCUGCCCUUCAAUGGUCGUGUAAAUAAAAGUGUAGAAUGACACUUCUGAUGGAAGUUAGUGUGGUUUUCAUAACUGUGCACUGCAAAGCUGUAUUCACAGUUAAAUUAGAAUGUAACUCCUGGACAACUUUACACAAAUAGCCCACAGUACUGCCUGUGAAAUAGUGAAGGAGGGCAUUUCUGUAUUCCAUGACUUUUGGGGGGGUGUUAAGAAUGGGUUUAUAUAAUUUCUCAUUUUUGUAGGUUUUAUUUAUUCUAUCAGUCUUUAACAAAUGUUUAUUGCUGCAAUUUUUCAGUGUAUCAUUGUUUUACUGCCCUUGUAGUACUGGAAUUUAGUUGAACGAAUAAAACAUUUACUUCUAA